AUGAAAAAACAUGCUCAAUUUGCAGGUAUUGAAAACUAUCCCGAUACAGUGAUCGAUACUCAGGAGGAUAUCUUGGAGCGUGAAGUUACUCAAAAAUUGUCAGCGUUUUGGACAUUUGAAGAAUUUCGUACCUGUAUGGAAGCUAAAGAUAGACAUUUGAAAGCUUUUUUUGAUGAACUUGUAUUAUCAGCAAAUUUGUUACAAAAAAAGCAUGAAUCAUAUCCUAAAAUUAUGUCCCAGUUGCUACUCGUUU